AUGGAAAUCGUCGAGUCCGACCGUCAUGUAAGCACUAUUUCGAUUGCCCAGGAGCUAAACAUUGUCCAAAAAACCGUUUGGAACCACUUGAAUAAGGCUGGAUACAAAAAGAAGCUCGAUGUAUGGGUGCCAUACGAGUUAACGCAAAAAAAUCUCAUGGACCGAAUUUCCAUCUGCGAAUCGUUGCUGAAUCGCAACAAAAUCAACCUAUUUCUGAAGCGGAUGGUGACUGAUGAUGAAAAGGAAUCAUACUAUGAGCUGCUCCUCUGUGGCCAAACUCUUACUUCGGACCUGUAUUGUCAACAAUUGGACCGUCUGAAGGAAGUAAUUGCCCAGAAGCGGCCAGCGUUGGCCAAUAGGAGAGGAAUUGUGUUCCAUCAGGACAACACAAGGCCACACACAUCGAUAGUGACUCGCCAGAAGCUCCGGGAGCUUGGUUGGGAGGUUUUUAUGCAUCCACCUUAUACUCCGGACCUGGCUCCAAGUGAUUAUCACCUGUUCCUGUCUAUGGUGAAUGAUUUUGCUGGUGAAAAAUUCUCCUCAAGAGAAGCUUGUGAAAAUCAACUGCCCCAUGGCAAAAGUUUUUUGCCAAUAGGGACGAGGGUUUCUAUGAGAGAGGCAUAA